CCAGCACACGAGGACACAUUACACUUUCAACCUGAGGACACUGAGGACAGUUCAAGAAUUAUCAUGACCAGAUGCUAUGUUUAAGGGCGAAACGAAACGACACAUUUUCUUUUAAUAAAAGUUUUAAAAAAUGUUUCUUGGUAUUGAAAAAAAACGAAAGAAUUACUUUCUUCUUGGAUAAACUGCAGUUCGCGAGUGUUUUGUCACGAUUUCUGGAUGAACAAAGUAGUAGAGGGCUUAAAGGUGAGAGAAUGUUCUGAGACACCAUCCUUACUCUUACCUGUGACGGUGAGGUGUACCAACGUUACUCUUACCUGUGAGGGGAAGUGUCACACACCCAAGCCUCACCUUCUGUCACACGACUGUCGUGCGCUGGGCUGGAAACGAGCGCCGGCCGUCCUCCUCUGUUUAUGUUUCUCUCGGGGAAAUCUCCUCCACCAGGUCGCCGGGCCAGGAACCUUCAAGCACUCGUCAGGAGCAAACCACAGCACGAGACUCGAGUGUUGCCAUGGAGACCUUUGCCGCCAUUUACCUGCUUGUUCCUUUCUCCAUGUUUGUGCGACUGAGCCAGGCGCAUGCGCUCACGACAGGGUCUCUGGAUGGGGGAGUUCCGCCAGCAGGGGUAGGGGCAGACUUCAGCUACUUCCCCAGCUACCUGGCGCCUGGGCCAGACUUUCUCUCCGAGCACGGCGUGACCUCACUGGGGUUAGAGGUCAGCCCUGGGUUUCCCAGCAACCUUCAGGCGGCAAGCCAGCCACCAAGCAAGAGCAUCCAAAGUAACAUACCUUCGCUGCUUGCAGCUCUCAGCAGCCAGGUGUUUCCAUCAGGUCUCGGCGCUCACCUGUCCCCCGCCUCUGCUCUUUCCUUGACCGGCAACCAGUUCGCUCCCCUGGUUCAACCGGCGUCGCAGACAUUGUCUCCCAUGGCCAAGGCGUUGCUUAUCUUGCAGCAGUUGCAGCAGGCAUCUAAGGGUAGCUACCGGACGCUUCAACCCACACCACCCCCUACCCGCCUUGGGGUACCCCGAGUUCUGGGGCCCUCCCCCAUGCAGCAGAUGGCGUUGUCCAACCUCUUCAUCUCUGGACUGGAGAAACCUGGAGUUCCCAAAGUGCCCGUGGAGGCCAUGCCUUCUGGUCCUCCGCGAAAACCCGGAGGCCUCCAUCCCAUCCCGGGCCUGAGUGCCCCUCCAACUGCCGCAAUCGAAGCCCCGGUUGCCAAGGAAACACGUUCGGACUGCGACCCGCUGGUGGACGUGAUCUUCGCGCUGGACGACCUGCAGUCGCUGUGGUUGGCCCGUGACGCCAUACGUCAUUACGUCACGCACGUGCGGCCGGCCGGCAAGGCACGCUUCGGUGUGAUGCUGUGCGGUGCCGACCACACCUUCUACACGGCGCUGCACGUGCACCUCACGGGGCUGCUGGCCAGCCUGGAGGACCUGCAGCACGCCAACGUCACGCUGGAUCCACUCACGCUCCAGCAGCCUGACACACCCGGCUUCCGCUCCAGCAACAACCCGUACCCACCCCGGGUGUCCGAGGACUUUGCUCAGACAGACGCUAGAUGUCUAGAGACCGCCUAUUACAUGUUCAUGUAUCAGAGCCGCGACUACGUCACCCGUCUCCUGACGGCCAUCUUGUCCAAGGAUCGAUGGUCAGGUGACCAGGUGGUGGAGGAGGCUCGCUACUUGCAGUCCUUUAACGUGUCGAUGAUGGUGCUGGCUCAAGGCGCCCUACCCGCCGCCGUCAUGACGUCACUGCAAGCCAUGGCGUCAUCACCCCCGUUAUUCCGCGCCGUCACCGACAACGUCACCUUGCACGCUCUGCCCGCCAUCAUUGCUGACGUCAUGUGCAUGCCCUCUACAGGUAACGUCACGGUGACUGUGGAUGGAGAGUCGACGACACUGGCAAACUCUACUGGUGCAGUGGGCGGCACUUGUCGUCUGCAGAACGCCACGUCACUAGAGCGCAUCACUGACUUCGGACAGUUCUUCGGCCGCCGUAGCGACGUUGUGGUCUGCACCUCGGGUACUCGCCCUGACCUCCAUGCGUGCGCAUGCGUGUGAACUGGGGUACCCACACAGCAGUUGAUGUCGUAACAGCAGCAAAACCUCGUGUGGAGUCAACUGUUGAGACUAA